AUGCUGUCGCCACCCCACCCCGCCGCAGCACCACCCCGCCGCAGCACCACCCCACCGCCCAGGAGCCCUGCGGCCCCGUCUCCACCACCGCCCGGGGCCCCCUCCGCGCUGCCAGCGCCGCCCCGCCGCCGCCUCCCACGCUACCGCCGCCCCACUCCGCCGCCCCGGAGCCCUGCGGCCUCGUCGCCACCACCGCCCGGCGCCCCCUCCGCCUGGCCAGCGCCACCCUGCCGCCCCGAAGCCCUGCGGCCCCGUUGCCACCACCGCCUGGCGCCCCCUCCGCCCGUCCAGCGCCCCUCCGCCGUCGAGCAACCUUGUCGCCCGGCGCCCCUGGGCCUGCCGCAGACGUUCUACAGGGUUUCAGAGGGAGAGCAGGAGGCUGCGUGUAUGGUUGUGGAAAACGAGUGCAAGCGCCUACUUCAGAACUUAAGGCACGAGGCUCAGAUCAAGAAGCGCCUGAGUAGCUCUGAUCCUGAGAUAACGCCUCGUGCACGGCCCGCGGAGAUCGCCAUGGCGAACAUGUGCGAGAAAAUCGGCCAGGCCCCUCCGCCGAUGGCCUAG